AUGCAGACCGCAGCAUUACUGCUUGCCGCGCUGUCGGCCGUCCUUGUCGACCGCCGUCACCAUGCCUUUGCCGCACCCAGUGCUGCUGGGGAGACAGCUCGCUCCCUAAAGGAGAUUGAGCACGUCGUCAUCUUCAUGCAGGAAAAUCGAUCAUGGAACCAUGCCUCGACGCUGAUGGAUGUAUAUAAAAGUACUUUGGUACCAUGGCCGGAACUAGAAACUUUGGGGAUCCAAAUGUCCAGAUCAACGAUGAUGGCAGAUCGGUUUUUAUUCAGUAUAUGUGCCCAUGACAGCUCAUAUAACUUCAGAGCUAACAUCUCGAACCUAUCCAGAAAAGCCAAGCCACCAAGGAAAGGUGUCAAUACUUUGGCACCAUGGUAUCUGGGCCAUCUUGGGGGAUCGUGGUCUGAAGGCGUUCAAUGUGCUACUGGAGGUAGCAAUGGUUAUGCGUACAAUCAGGCCUCCCUGAACCAUGGCAGAAACGAUCGCUGGCAGGAUCUGGGUGAACCUGCCAACUGGGGUUUCUUAAAGAGAAAUGAUAUCCCCGUCCAUUUCUCUGUCGCAGAAGGAUGGACCGUCGGUGAUAUGUACCAGCAAUCGUCCAUCACCGCCACAAAUCCAAACAGAGUUAUGCUGGUGAGCGGGUCCCUCAACGUCCCUGGAGGGCCACAGAAGCCUGAUGACGGGGGAACUUAUCUUGAUAACUGGGAGACACCGGGUUGCCCGCUGCCUCAUAUAAACUGCUACCCGCUCAACUGGAAGACCUGCUAUGAGGUGUACGAAGACGCUGGUGUGUCAUGGCAAGUUUAUCAGGAUAGGAAUAACUUUGGUGACAACCCCCUUGCUCACUUCAAGAACUUCCGUAACGCCCCGGAGGACUCUCCCCUCACCAAGAAAGGUAUGUCAUAUCCCGGGCUGGAGAAAUUUUAUAAGGAUGCUCGUGCCGGUACGCUCCCAGAGGUUAGCUUCAUUGUUGGCCCCAUGGAACUAUCUGAACAUCCACCCUGGCUGCCAAAGGAUGGAGCGUGGCUGCAACAACAGGUCAUCGAUGCUGUAACCCAAAGCCCAAAAUAUGGCAAGACUGUUCUACUGAUCAGUUAUGAUGAGUCCGGAGGUUUUGGUGACCAUGUUACUCCGUACCAUUCCCCCAAGGGAACCCCUGGAGAAUGGAUGAGGGACUAUCUAGGAGUGCAGGGUGAUAUCUUUGUUGGCCCAGGCUGGAGAUUGCCAUUUUAUGUGAUUUCCCCAUUCACCCGUGGCGGUCGUGUCUUCACUGAGCACGCAGAUCAUACCUCUCAGAUCCUCUUUGUUGAGGAAUGGCUCGCCAGCAGGGGCUACAGCAAUGUUACUCUGGAUAGCAUGGUUCACUGGCGUCGAGAGCACAUGUCUAACCUCGUCAACAUGUUGGACUUUGACAAUGCGGACACUUCAGUCCCCAGCGUGCCCAAGGCUGAGGUACCAAGUAAGAACGCACAAGGAGCUUGGGAUGGAAUGGCAAAAUGUAAAGCCCGUUUCAGUAACCCUGAUGCACCGUGGACAUCUCAGCCCAAGACUUUCCCUCCCAAGGGGCUUAUUGAGCAGGGCUACAAACAAGUCGUUGGGGAUCUUACCGAAGGAAGAUACCUCGUCUUCUCUUCUUCACAAACAUCGGAUAAGAACGAGUAUCUCCUCUCAUAUAAAGAUGGAUCGAAACUUGGCGUUGUUUCAAAGAAUACCAAUGACGAGAAUCGCUACGCCCAGCUAGACACUCGCUUCGUUAUUCAUUACUACAAUAACGGCGCCACGGACUUGGAGACUCGACUCACAAAACAAGAUGGACCGUUCCUCGUGUCGACUCCAGACAAGGCACGCUGGCUUGGGCCAAACGGAACGCUCGUUGGAUCGCGAGACAGCGCUGCUCCAAUGGAUAUUGACUUUGAUGCAGGAUGUCAGGGUAGCGUCCGUGGCUACAGUAUGAAGUAUGCCAGGGGAGAUGAUGGUUUUGUCUCUGUCAGUAAGGGAGCCAUCAACAUCGGGAAAGCCUCGGCACAGUUCAGGUUCAAGAUAUUGAGUGUUUCCUACGACAGCUGA